UGAGGUGAGAACGUCCAAAAAAUGUACUGGGAUAUCAGUUGGCAUUUAGCAGAAGCAAGAUGAGGAACGUAGGAACGGUUGCAAGACGGCACGAUUUUUCAAGAGUUAAUGUAUCAGAACAAGAUGCUGUUACUGAAAGAUAUACUUUGACGCAAUUAUUUAUCAUCCUGUCAACGGUAUUUCUUCUGUGCAUGCUAUCAUUUUCAACCACCUUCUGCAUAAUGUACUCACGUCAAUUCACCCGAUCUGAACAAUUGGAGGAUGCUUUGAUGGAAUUAAGCAAAGCAUUAGUGUCUGAGGAAAAUCACAAACCAACUUCCCACAGCUAUAUAGAGCAAGAAAUAAUCAAGAAUUUACACAAGGAUUUAUUAAAAAGCAAAAUCAAUCUACAUGACCUGCUCCAGGCUCAAACCAAUCCGUGGGUUAUUGUUUACGAUUCACGGCACAAAGAGCACAUGCUGGACUGGAAUACUUUCAAGAGUUUCGUGCACUGUGAGCGUUUUCGUCCCGAUCCGCAAGGAAAUUAUCUCGACUCUAGUUCCUUGCUUACGUUGCAAGCUUGUUACAGAUUCGGUGUCAAUUUGACGGACAUCGAGGAGGGAAUACAUCGUAAUGAGAAGCCCGAAAUGCGUUACGACCUAGAAAAUCUAUACAUCACGUGCGAACAAGUAUUCAACGCGAAUCUUGGAAAGUUCACGCGAGAGCUUUUUGAAGAUUACAAAAAUUGCAAAGAUAGCAACGCCCUCAAUCCAACGCAAAUCGAUGAAUUUGAGAAAUCUCUCAAUCCUCAACACUGA